UGUAUUAUUUUGCAACAGUAGUCAUUAUUCUAUCAAAAAAAAAAAUAAAAAGAGCAAUUUGUUACAAAUUUGGUGACCUCUAAAUUAUAAAUUAUUAAAAAUAUAUAAGAAAAUAUUAAUAUUUUUAGAAAAAAUAAUUAGUUUAGUAAAAAAUCGAGAAUUCAACGGCAAAACAAACUAAUAAAAAAUGUGGAAUAGAUAAACAAAUACAAAAACAAAUAUAAUAAAACAAUAAUAAUACAUCUGUGUCAACAUUCAAUACAUCAUUCUUAAAACUAGCCCAUUUUUUUUUUUUGGAUAAGAAGUCAAAAAAGAUCUUUUAUUUAACUCAAAUAACUAAAAAACCAAAGAAAUAUUAUUCAGUUUUAGAAAAUGUGUUUUCAUAUGAAAAAGUAUUUUUAAUUUUACUGCUAUCAUCAACUAAACAAAAAGAAACAAAUUUCGUUUAAUUAAAAAUUUAUUAAAAAAAGAUAAAAUAAAUUUACUUUGUUUACUAGAGAUUAGCCUAACUAAACUUUAAAAUUUUUUAUAAAACAAACACCUUCGAAAUCCUUUGUGCACCAUGGCUGUCAAUUGGCGUGAACUUUUUCCCACAAAACUUACAUUUCUUAUAUUUAUACUAUACAUGUCCUUGUUCAUAGGGCAGGGUAUAUUUGUUACGGCUUCACAAGAAUCAAACAAUUCCUAUAGCUAUAAUACGGUCACAGUUGUUCUGCUAACUGAAGUUUUAAAACUUAUCGUUUCCGCUACGCUUUACUGUCGAGAAAACAACUUGGUCUCAUUAGUAAAAGAUGUGCGAAAGGAUUCCAAUGUUAUGAUGCUAUAUUUUGUUCCAGCUUUUCUCUACUGCUUGUACAAUAACUUGGCAUUUGUUAAUUUAUCAACGUUUGAUCCAACAACAUAUUAUUUACUACUGCAACUGAGAGUGGUCAUAACGGGUAUACUAUUUCAAAUAAUCUUUAAAAAAUAUCUUUCACAACGUCAAUGGAUUUCCUUAGUCCUCCUUACAGCUGGAUGCAUGUUAAAACAAUUGAAUUUCAAUGGAAUCUAUAGUACAGCUGACGAUAGCAAGGAAGAUGCCGCGAAAUUAAUGACGAAAAAUCCACAACCAGCAGAAGAGGAGCAAGCAAAUGCUAUUAUGAGUGGAAAAAAUAUGAGUGGUUUUGAUUUCAGUAUUUCUGCCGUACUCAUUUUGGCACAAACAAUAUUUUCCUGUCUGGCUGGCGUCUAUAAUGAAUAUCUGCUAAAGGACAAAGGAUCCGAAGUGAAUAUAUUCGUACAGAACGUAUUUAUGUAUCUCGAUUCGAUUGUCUGCAAUGUGGUGAUAUUAUUAAUUAAGGGUGAAUUAUUUUCCGCUUUCACGGCUGAUAGUUUAACAGCUAUAUUUCGUUUUAAAGUCAUUAUCAUAAUUAUUAAUAAUGCUGCCAUUGGUAUUGUUACGAGUUUCUUUUUGAAAUACAUGAAUUCUAUUUUAAAAACAUUCGCAAGUGCUUUGGAAUUAAUGUUUACCGCUGUCCUCUGUUAUUUCCUCUUCUCUAUACCCAUUUAUAUAAAUACCGCAUUGGCUAUAGCUGUGGUCUCCUAUGCUAUAUAUUUGUAUUCUCAAAGUCCGGUGGUUAAUUUGGGUAAAGUGCGACCAUUAACCAGUUUAAGUGAGGCCAAUAGUAGUGCAACAAAUGCUUCAGCAUUGGAAAAACGUAAAUUUUUAGAUUCCGAGGGUGAAUCUGAGUUAGAAAUGGAUAUGGUGUAGUUUUUAUCGAUUAUAAUGUUUGUAGUGAAUAUGUACAAUGUGUAUUAAACUAGAAAUUUUUGUGUUAAUUUUAAAUAUUUUAUCAAAUUCCUAAUUUGUUAAUUAUAGUAAUUUAAUAUUGUAAAUGUUAAUUUUUUUCUCUCUCUUUUAAAUAAUAAAUAUUAAUUAUUUUUAAGAUAUC